CAUGAAACGAGAGGGAACAAUGGCAUGGCAAAACAGCGGGAUAAUGGCGGGUUUCGGAGGUUUCGUAUUGGGCCUGGUCAAGCAUAGAAACUGGGGGAGACGAAGCCCAAAGUGGUUUAUGCAAGUGAUAAGUUCCUGCAUAGAGCGCAGACACGCAGCCAUUGGUUCAAUCAGAGGCUCUUGGCCAGAAAUGGAUUGCUGCCCAGAUACAUCGUGCUAGUGCCGAUAAAGUGCUAGCGUAGCCUUAUGUAGCACUAAGCACCAAACCCACAUUUCGACCAAAAGCUGUAAUCCUUGAAUUUGCAUCUCGAUCUUUAUAUCAACAACGCCUCGUUCACCUCCAAACGCCCUGUCAUGUCGGCCGACAAUCCCUCCAAGAAGCGCAAGCAGCAGCCAGCCAGCCAGCCAGCUUCAUCAAAGAAAUCUCGCACAGAAGGCAAUGCCACCCUCAUAGGCCCGCACGAGGGCAUCCUCAAAGAACUUUCAACAAAACACAAUGUUCUCGCCCUCUCGAUUAUCUCGUCCACACAAAUCCGCAAGCGCGUCUCCAGCGCUACUUCUCAUCUCCUCGACAAGACUUCAGGCUCGCGCGCAGUCUUGCUUCACGCGCGGCCCGCAGAUGUAUGCAAGAUGAUGACAGUGGCAGAGCAAUGCAAGAGGACGCUCGGCGAGCAAGGGAGGACCUGGUAUCAAUACAACGAAUUAUUCGACCUUCCUGCAGAGACCAAAAAGAAAAAAACCGUGCCUAAAAAGUCAGAUUUGGAAGAGGUGGAGGAUGAUGGAUCCGACAGCGACGACAAUGCCUUUGAGACUAUGCAAAGCCGAUUCGAGCAAGCCGUGUUGCCGCCUCCACGAGCUCAAACAUACAAGUCUCUAAGAAUAUUCAUCUCUUCUCAGGCUAUUUCCGACCUUAAAUCAAGGGAAAAUGUUACGGUACAAACGAGCGAGGACGCAACAUGAUAGGCAAUAUCACGGAAGAAAACAAAAAGUUUUAAUUUUGGCUACGGCCAUGGCUACGGCUACUUGAAUCUGGAAGGCAAAAUUUUUUUUAUAUGGAUACAGCAAUAUGAUACCCUAGCUUUUAUAAACAAUCUUAUUAAGCUAAUAAUUAUCUCCAGUCAGAUACCCAAGAAACAUAUGAUACACUAAUUG